AGACUCUCCGAGGACCCAUGACAGUCGUAGGUGACCCGACGGAUUUGAAUUGAGACAUCCCAGAGAGUUUGGAGAAAGCCUAUUUCCCGUAGGCUGUCUGCCACACUCCGGAUAGGCUGCUCGCCGGUUGUCAUGGAGGGCACGCGGGAUGUUCUCGGCCAACGCCGCAAGCAUCGUGUCGUCCGCAGCCGCGCGCUUCAAUUUUCUGCGUUGCGAUUUGUUCUCUUUGUCUCUGACCACGAUCUAGGCCUCGUCUCCGGGCGGCGGAACCGCGCUAUGUUUUCCGACUUUGAACGGCUUAGCGCGAUCCACAUGGAUCACCGUGAACGUGUAGUUUGCACCCCAUUAUCGAUACUGAACGUUUUUGCACAGUGCUAACAUCACACGCGAACCACAUGGUGCGACGGAGCGAGGCCGCAGCUCUCCGCACUCUGGAAGUGCCAGUCGACUUUAUGCGUCCAUGUCAGAACGGAACUCGGCGCGAUGUGGACCGGCGAGACACGACAGCACCUUCUCUGAGUCGCCCGGCCACAAACUCAUGCGCUGGAAUGGGGCUCGUAUCGGUAUCACGAGAUGGAGCCCUUUCCAAACCCGACGACGCCCAACGUAGCUGGCUUCCCCCGUGCAUGCGCUGAUCUCCGCUGGAAGCUCUGGGCUGAUCACGCCGGCUCGACACACAUAUGGUCCUGCCCCUCACCUGUUCAUUGUCGCAAUCGCUUCUGUCAAUGCCGGGGGCGUCGACGAACGGAGCGCUCGCAUGCGGCGCCCGCACAGGCCAAGUGAGGAUCCAAGAGAACGUUAAUAAUGUAUGUCGUGCGCCACCCUCUUUCCAAGACUUCUUCCGCUCUUACCUAUUUAGGGCGAGGAGCAGCUUCCGGCUUUACGUUGCAGGCACCGAGCGCCGGCUGGCGCGGGGUGUGCGAUUUUCCUACAUUUCAGGAUGCCGGUCGUUCCUUGUGCACGUUCCUGGGCCAACGAGCAUGCUGUGAUCGGAGUACACAGCGCGCUCCAGACCGCGCUCCACUUUUUUUUACUCCAGCUCCUGCGGAGGUCGUUAGGACGACGGCGCUCGCCGCCAUCUCCGAGACUUGGGU